UAAGCUCCACAUAUCGACCAAAGUCUUCUGACGAGUGAAACCACUCACUUUGAGGACGCCGGUUUGCUAGUCAACUCUCCCUACAUGAGUGCACUGAGAGCUGAGCGAGAAAUAGAUCUGAUCAUCUCCUUUGACUUCAGUGAAGGAAAUCCAAUGGAGACUUUGACUGAAACAGCUAAACAGUGUAAUGAUUUGGGCAUCUCCUUCCCAGCGAUCAGUUACACAAACAGCGACAAUAACUCUCCAAAGGGUUUCUAUGUGUUCAAGGGGGUGAAGGAAGCCCCCACUGUAAUCCACAUUCCCUUAUUCAACGUUGAAAACUGUGAGUGCGAUUUGGAGGCUUACAGAAAGAAGUAUCGCACAUUCCAGAAAGCUUACAGCCCAGAGAUGAUCGAGGAUCUGAUAAAGAAGGCCGGUGAAAACGUCUUAAACCACAAAGAGCGCCUGAUGAAGGAGAUCAAGGCCAUUGUCCAGCAGAAGCACCAAAACAGAUGUUGUUUACUCUAAUUACUUAAAUUGUUUUUCUGGAAAUUGAAGUGUGGUGAAAUAUGCCUUAAUCAAGGUACCUAGUAUAGAGUAACGAAUCGUAAACAAUCGUAGACAGACAUAGUAUAAU